AUGGCGGGCCGCUCGCAGGCGGUCGGCAUUGACCUGGGCACCACCUACUCGUGCGUCGGCGUCUUCCAGCACGGCAAGGUGGAGAUCAUCGCCAACGAUCAGGGGAACCGCACCACCCCGAGCUACGUGGCCUUCACCGACGCCGAGCGCCUGAUCGGCGACCCCGCCAAGAACCAGGUGGCCAUGAACCCCACCAACACCGUCUUCGACGCCAAGAGGCUGAUCGGCCGCACCUUCGACGACCCGAUAGUGCAGACCGACAUGAAGCUCUGGCCAUUCACCGUGAUUAAUGAUGGAGGGAAACCCAAAAUUCAGGUGGAGUACAAAGGAGAACAGAAGACUUUCUUUGCUGAGGAGAUUUCCUCGAUGGUGCUCACCAAAAUGAAGGAGAUCGCAGAAGCAUUCCUGGGCACUGCCGUGAGGAAUGCUGUAAUCACUGUGCCAGCUUAUUUUAAUGAUAGCCAAAGACAAGCGACCAAAGAUGCUGGAACCAUUGCUGCUUUAAAUGUGCUGAGGAUUAUCAAUGAACCAACUGCAGCUGCCAUUGCUUAUGGACUAGACAAAGCAGGAUCUGGUGAGCACAAUGUCCUCAUCUUUGAUUUGGGAGGUGGAACAUUUGAUGUUUCUGUUCUUACCAUUGAGGACGGUAUCUUUGAAGUCAAGUCCACUGCUGGAGAUACUCAUCUGGGAGGAGAAGAUUUUGACAAUCGCAUGGUAAGCCAUUUCAUUGAGGAAUUUAAACGGAAAUUUAAGAAGGAUAUCUCUCAGAGCAAGCGAGCAGUAAGACGUCUGCGUACGGCUUGUGAGCGUGCGAAGAGGACCCUUUCCUCAAGUACACAAGCCAGCCUUGAGAUUGACUCUCUGUACGAAGGGGUUGAUUUCUAUACAUCCAUCACAAGGGCCCGGUUUGAGGAACUGAACAAUGAUCUGUUCCGGGCCACACUGGAGCCUGUUGAAAAAGCCCUUCGUGAUGCAAAAAUUGACAAGUUUCGGAUUCAGGACAUUGUUCUUGUAGGAGGCUCCACGAGGAUCCCUAAAAUCCAGAAACUGCUUCAAGAUUUGUUCAAUGGGAAGGAGCUGAACAAGAGCAUCAAUCCAGAUGAAGCUGUGGCUUAUGGUGCUGCUGUACAGGCGGCUAUUUUAACAGGUGAUAAGUCUGAAAAUGUGCAGGAUCUCUUGUUGUUGGAUGUUGCUCCCCUGUCUCUAGGUAUUGAAACAGCUGGUGGUGUCAUGACUUCCCUCAUUAAACGAAACACUACUAUCCCCACCAAGCAGACUCAGACCUUCACCACUUAUUCAGAGAAUCAGACCAGUGUCCUUGUUCAGGUUUUCGAGGGUGAGAGGGCAAUGACCAAAGACAACAAUCUGCUUGGCAAGUUUGCCCUUUCUAAUAUUCCACCAGCUCCCCGUGGAAUUCCACAGAUAGAGGUGACCUUUGACAUAGAUGCCAACGGCAUCCUGAAUGUUUCAGCUGUGGACAAGAGUACAGGUCGAGAAAACAAGAUCACCAUCACCAAUGACAAGGGACGGCUGAGCAAAGAGGAGAUUGAGCACAUGGUACAGGAUGCGGAGCGCUACAAGAUGGAGGAUGAGUCUAACCGAGAAAGAGUGACUGUCAGAAAUGCCCUAGAGACCUAUGUAUACACCGUGAAGCAGGUUUUACAAGAUGAGAAGUUGAAAGGAAAAGUCACUGAUCAGGAAAAGAGUAGUAUCCUUGCGAAAUGUCAGGAGGUCCUCAGCUGGCUAGAAAGAAACCAGACAGCAGAGAAGGAAGAGUAUGAGCACCAGCAGAAAGAGCUGGAGAAAGUCUGCAAGCCAAUAGCCAAAUUCUUUCGAUGUCCUUGUGCUGGCGUGCCUGGAGGGCCUGGCAGUAGCUCCGCCCCUGGCAAUGUGUCUGGACCCACAAUUGAAGAAGUUGACUGA